AGCGUAUAAAAAGCGAUGCUUCGAUACAAGCGUUUACUCACUUCUGACAUUAUCUGAGGAGGGAACUCUACGAUGGCAAGAACCAAGCAGACCGCUCGUAAAUCCACCGGUGGCAAAGCCCCGAGGAAGCAGCUCGCCACCAAGGCUGCCCGUAAAAGCGCCCCGGCUACCGGUGGCGUGAAGAAGCCUCAUCGUUACAGGCCCGGUACCGUAGCUCUGAGAGAGAUCCGUCGCUACCAGAAGUCCACCGAGCUGCUGAUCCGUAAGCUGCCCUUCCAGCGUCUGGUCAGAGAAAUCGCUCAGGACUUCAAGACCGACCUGCGCUUCCAGAGUUCCGCCGUCAUGGCUCUUCAGGAGGCCAGCGAGGCUUACCUGGUCGGUCUGUUCGAGGACACCAACCUGUGCGCCAUCCACGCUAAGAGGGUCACCAUCAUGCCCAAGGACAUCCAGCUGGCUCGUCGCAUCCGUGGGGAGCGUGCUUAAAUUCACGAACACAUUCUCAAUCCAAAGGCUCUU